CAAACAAUUUACGGUCAUACUGAAGAAAACAUUUGUUUUGGCGCCGGUAUUGAUCGUGAAACGAAAUAUAAUUUACAAUUAAUUAGUCUAGAAUUAUAACAUAAAAAGUAAAAAUGCGGGCUGUUACAGAGCCUGAUUUUACCAUCCCACUAAACUCAAACAUCCAGUGCUUUGAAAUCUGUACGAAUGACUUUGCCUACAACCUAAUGGCUGUAGCGCUCAAGAAACAGUUGAUGUUGAUUCUAGUUGGAUUGCCAGAGGAGAGUGGCGGCGACUUUGGGUACACGCAACUUCAGGAGAUCGAGGUUGGGGACCUUAAGUGCACGAGUGCACUGGCAUUUUCCCCCGACACCUCACUGAAUUGCACUCCCAACAAUGUGACUAUUUGUGCUGCCCACGGCAAUCAGCUGAGUUUAGUCCGCACCGAUUUGGGCCAAUUCACUACGAUUCAGAUGCUUCAUGGUCACGGAGACUACGUCAAUGAUGUGUCCUGGGUUUGCGAGGGUGAUCUACUUGCCUCUGUGAGCGAUGACUUCACCUGCAGAUUCUGGACGAUUUCAGAAGCCGGGGAGAAUGUUAUUACCUUCGGUUUAUCCUCCGCUGGAAUGUCUGUUAAGAGUCAUCCCGAGGACCCCAACAAGGUAUUGGUGGCUGAGAAAAAAGGGACCAUCCAUUUGUACAAUGUGAGGAGCAAACAGACUGUCGUUUCCGUAGAGUCGCCCAAAUUCCCGCUCAUGUCGGCGGAUUGGGCUCACAGCAAUAGGCUUUUUAUCACCUCUUUGGCUGGCGGGGAUUUAAUCACCUGGGAUCUGAACAGACCGUUUGUGCCUGCCGAUAUCAAGCAGGUUCACGAGGAUUGCGGCCGAGUGGUACGAUUCGCUCCAGGCAGCUCCGAGAUGGUCAUUGCUAUGAUAAUCGGGCUAACUCUCAAGGUUUUCGCAGCAAAGUCUACGGUUCCGUUGCUCGAGGCUUCCCUGAAAACCUUUGGUGGUAUGGCCUGGCACCAAAGACUGCCAUAUAUAACAGCGGUCUCUGACAGAAAACUGCUUUUCUGGAAAGUGCAAAUGAAGUAAACAAAAUAAGCAAAAAUAAUAAUAAUAAACAUUUCGUUAGUACACAAAAA